GAUCCAUCAAACAAAAAGCCCCACCAAACUUGAACCAAAGCAAAGAAAACACAAUGAGAGAAAUGGAUUUUUUCAUCAAUCCAACGAGUACUGUAACUCUUACAGUAAUCCUGAUCGUGGGCACUACCCUUUUCACGAUAGUUAUAAAAAAGAUGACAACUUCAAGCAAGCACUCAUCUUCACCACCACCAGCACAAGUGUCAGCCGCCGGAAGGCCGCCUCCAGGGCCAUGGACGCUGCCGAUAAUCGGCAACCUCCACCAGCUAGCAGUUGGGCUUUCCCUCCCUCACCGCCGGCUGAGGGACCUGGCCCAACAACACGGCCCACUGAUGCAGCUCCAGCUCGGCGAGAUCCCGGCGGUUAUCGUGUCGUCGGGGGAAUGGGCCAAAGAGUUCACCCAAACCCACGACCUCAACUUCGCCAGCAGGCCCUUCAUCCCGGCCGCCGACAUCAUCUUCUACGGCGGCCGCGACAUCGGGUUCUCCCCCCACGGGCCGUAUUGGGCCAAGAUGAGGAAGAUUGUGGCCGUCGAGCUGCUGGGCCCCAGGCGGGUCAAGACUCUGCGGCCCAUCAUGGACCAGGAGAUGGCUAAGCUCGUGGGCUUGAUCAACACAAAGCCCACCAUCAACCUCACCGAAAUGCUCGUCUCCCUGGGGAACUCCAUCAUCAGCCGCGCCGCCUUUGGCAAGAUCCAGAAGCAGGAGGAAGUCUUCCUGCCGUUCAUCAAGGAGUUCAUGAAGAUGCUUGGAGGGUUCAGCCUCGGGGAUCUCUUCCCUUCCAGCAGCUCGUUGCGUCUGCUCAUCACUACUAGAGCCGAGAAGAAGCUCAAGAAGGUUCACUCGGGGGCCGAUGCCAUCUUGGAUGCUAUAAUCAAUGACCGUUUAGCGAAAAGAGGAGCAGCACCACCAGCUUGUAACGUUGAAGGUGGUGAUCAAGACCUUCUUGAUGUUCUUUUGGAUCUCAAGGACAACAACGACCUUGGAACCACUGAGAUCAAAGCCGUCAUCCUCGACAUGUUCCUCGCUGGAUCUGAUACGUGGACCAUCACCGUAGAAUGGGCAAUGUCCGAACUUAUGAAGAACCCCAGAGCUAUGGUGAAAGCACAAGAAGAGGUGAGACGAGUUUUUGGCGGCAAAGGAAAAGAAGGAGUAGUUGACGAGGCAUCCAUCGAUGAACUGCACUAUCUAAAACUAGUUUUGAAAGAAACUUUAAGAUUACACCCUGCCGGUCCUUUAGCCAUUCCAAGAGAAUGUCACGAAACGGUUGUGAUCGACGGAUACAAAAUCCCGGCCAAGACAAGAGUCUUUCUCAAUUUAUGGGCCAUUGGCCGAGAUCCGCAUCACUGGACCCAACCCGAAGUCUUCAAUCCUGAAAGGUUCCUUGAUACUUCGAUUGAUUUCAACGGAAUGGAUUUUCAUUUCAUUCCAUUCGGAGCUGGACGAAGGAUGUGCCCAGGAAUGUCUUACGGGGUCGCUUUGGUCUAUCUUACCCUUGCCAAUUUGCUCUAUCAUUUCGACUGGAAGCUCCCUCACUUAAUUACGCCCGAAGAUUUCGACAUGUCUGAAAGAUUUGGAAUUGAAGUGAAGAGGAAAUUUGAGCUAAUCCUCAUCCCGACUCCAUACAAACCUAAAUUAAACUAGCUUGUGUAUGUAGGAUGUGUACUACUACUUAACGGCUCCCUUCAGGUUCCUCUCGCUUUGUUGUUUCAAUCCACCGAAAUAAAUUAUUACACUAUUAUUGCAUUGAGGAGUACGUUUGUUAAUUUAACAUAAUAAAGGGGUACAAAAUUCUAUUAAUCCAAGUAAAUUUGAUUUUUUCUGUUUCUAUUCUCUACCAAAUAGAGAGAAAGAUAAGGGUUGAAAAACCCCUCCCGGGACAAACCCUCUCCCUAGAUCUCAAGUAAUAACUUAUUCGUUAUUAC